UGAUUUUCUUGUGCAAGAAUUCCAAACCCAAACCCCGUAAGACAAACUACUGAGUCACAGAUACUGAAAAAGGCUAACGUUCCAAUAACAGAAAACCCUUCGCCUUCCCGCGCCCGAUUUCCUAAUCCCCUACCUAUCUAUCAUCUGCCCAUACUUUCCCUCCUGUACAUAAUUAUCAGUCCAGCAAUUGGGCAAAAACAGAGGACAUCGCUAUGACUCAGCCAUCGGUGCCACCGCCGCUGGCUCCACCGCCACCGCCUCCGCCGCAGUCUCAUGGCGGAGGCGUCCAGGUCCGUUGUGCAGGUUGCCGGAUGAUCCUGACGGUGGCACCGGGGCUUGUUGAUUUUGUGUGUCCGACGUGUCAGAUGCAUCAAAUGUUACCGCCGGAGCUGAUGAGUAGGGUCCACAACAGCCCCCAGCAGAAAAACACACAACAGUCACAAGUGCCGGCUCAUGGCAUCGAUCCAUCUAAGAUCCAGCUUCCUUGUGCUAAUUGUAAGGCUAUUCUUAAUGUUCCUCAUGGCUUAGCUCGGUUUGCGUGCCCGCAGUGUGGUGUCGAUCUGGCCGUCGAUUUGACCAAAGUUAAACAGUUCUUUUCUGUUCCUCCGACGAGACCGCUGCCUCCUCCUGAGGAAGUCAACGAGGUAGCCAUUGAAGUGGAGCGAGAAGAAGAUGAAGGUGGCAUAGUGGGAGAAACAUUUAUAGAUUACCGACCUUCAAAACUGUCUAUUGGACCCCCUCAUCCAGAUCCUAUUGUCGAGACGUCUUCCUUAUCUGCAGUACAACCGCCUGAACCCACUUAUGAACUAAAAAGCAAGGAUGAUUUGGAAAGAACCAAGGUUUUGUCAUGCUUGCAGAUCGAGACUUUGGUCUAUGCUUCCCAGAGACAUUGCCAACAUCUUCCAAAUGGUGCCAGGGCUGGAUUCUUUAUUGGAGAUGGAGCUGGUGUGGGUAAAGGUCGAACAAUUGCUGGGUUGAUAUGGGAAAAUUGGCUCCAAGGGAGGAGGAAAACAUUGUGGAUUUCUGUUGGUUCAGACUUAAAGUUUGAUGCAAGAAGAGACUUGGAUGAUGUGGGUGCAACAUAUAUUGAAGUACAUGCUUUGAACAAGCUGCCCUAUUCAAAGCUUGACUCAAAGUCUGUUGGAGUCAAGGAGGGAGCAGUAUUUUUGACAUAUAGUAGUCUUAUUGCAUCUUCUGAAAAAGGCCGUUCUCGUCUGCAACAGCUUGUUCAGUGGUGUGGAUCAGAGUUUGAUGGGCUUGUCAUAUUUGAUGAGUGCCACAAGGCAAAAAAUUUGGUACCUGAAGCUGGAAGUCAGCCAACACGAACAGGUGAAGCAGUUCUUGAGAUCCAGGCUCGACUUCCUGAAGCACGUGUUAUUUAUUGCUCAGCAACUGGUGCAUCUGAACCACGCAAUAUGGGUUAUAUGGUCAGGCUUGGUCUUUGGGGAGCUGGAACAUGUUUUGAUGAUUUCCAGAAGUUUCUAGGUGCUCUUGAAAAGGGGGGUGUAGGUGCAUUGGAACUUGUUGCAAUGGAUAUGAAAGCAAGGGGAAUGUAUGUGUGCCGUACCCUUAGCUACAAGGGGGUUGAGUUUGAAGUUGUCGAAGCGCCUUUGGAAGCUGAGAUGACGGAAAUGUACAAAAAAGCAGCAGAAUUUUGGGCUGAGUUGCGAGUGGAAUUGCUUUCUGCAAGUGCUUUUCUUGCUAGUGACAAACCUAUUUCUAGUCAGUUGUGGAGAUUAUAUUGGUCGAGCCACCAGCGGUUCUUUAGACACAUGUGCAUGUCAGCUAAGGUUCCUGCUACUGUAAGACUAGCUAAGCAAGCAUUGAUGGAAGAUAAGUGUGUGGUUAUUGGCCUCCAGAGCACUGGAGAGGCUCGAACUGAGGAAGCUGUGACAAAAUAUGGUCUUGAACUUGAUGAUUUUAUAUCUGGACCAAGAGAACUUUUGCUAAAAUUUGUGGAAGAAAAUUAUCCUUUGCCUGAAAAACCUGAACCUCUCACAGGAGAGGAAGGCGUAAAAGAACUUCAGCGGAAAAGGCACUCAGCAACACCUGGUGUUUCACUGAAAGGGAGAGUUAGAAAAGUAGCAAGAUGGAAACCAGCAAGUGAUGGUGAAAGUGAUGAAGAAUCUGAAUCUGACUCUGCACCUGAAUCCACUGAAUCUGAUGAUGAGUUCCAGAUCUGUGAGAUUUGUAAUACUGAAGAGGAAAGGAAGAAAUUGCUUCGAUGUUCUUGUUGUGGUCAACUUGUCCAUCCUGCAUGUUUAGUCCCACCCAUUACAGAUAUAGUGUCUGAAGAGUGGUCAUGUUAUUCAUGUAAAGAAAAAACAGAUGAAUUUUUUCAAGCAAGGCAAGUCUAUAUAGCUGAACUCUUGAAGAGGUAUGAAGCAGCUUUAGAGCGCAAGUCAAAAAUUUUGGACAUAAUUCGCUCCCUUGAUCUCCCAAAUAAUCCUUUGGAUGAUAUUAUUGAUCAGCUUGGAGGCCCUGAUAAAGUAGCAGAAAUGACUGGGAGGAGAGGUAUGCUUGUGAGGGCCUCCAAUGGAAAAGGUGUAACUUAUCAGGCACGGAACACAAAGGAUGUCACCAUGGAAAUGGUCAACAUGCACGAGAAGCAGCUAUUUAUGGACGGUAAGAAAUUGGUUGCUAUCAUUUCUGAGGCUGGAUCAGCUGGUGUGUCUCUGCAGGCAGACAGAAGAGCAAUCAAUCAGAAACGAAGAGUUCAUUUGACAUUAGAACUUCCAUGGAGUGCUGAUCGAGCAAUUCAACAGUUCGGAAGAACUCAUCGAUCAAAUCAAGCUUCUGCACCAGAAUAUAGGCUACUGUUUACAAACCUUGGUGGAGAACGCCGAUUUGCUUCUAUAGUUGCCAAGAGAUUAGAAUCUCUUGGGGCGUUAACACAGGGAGACCGAAGGGCUGGACCAUCUUUGAGUGCUUAUAACUAUGAUAGUGCUUAUGGGAAAAAGGCUUUGAUGGUGAUGUAUAGAGGAAUAAUGGAGCAGGAUACUCUACCUGUUGUGCCUCCUGGAUGUUCGUCUGAAAAGCCAGAGACAGUUCAAGAUUUUAUCAUCAAGGCAAAAGCUGCUCUUGUGGCUGUUGGAAUAGUUAGAGAUUCUGUUCUUGGUAAUGGAAAGUUAUCUGGCCGCAUAAUUGAUUCAGACAUGCAUGAUGUUGGACGCUUCCUCAAUCGGCUCUUAGGACUGCCACCUGAGAUUCAAAAUAGGUUGUUUGAGUUAUUCGUUAGCAUCUUAGAUCUUCUUAUUCAGAAUGCACGUAUUGAAGGAAAUCUGGAUUCAGGAAUAGUUGAUAUGAAAGCUAACAUUAUUGAAUUACAAGGAACUCCAAAGACUGUUCAUGUUGAUCAAAUGUCUGGGGCAUCAACAGUCCUGUUUACUUUUACCUUGGAUCGUGGAAUCACAUGGGAGUCUGCAAGUGCCAUGCUUGAGGAGAAGCAAAAAGAUGGGCUUGGAUCUUCCAAUGAUGGAUUCUAUGAAUCUAAGAGGGAAUGGUUGGGAAGACGUCACUUUGUUUUAGCAUUUGAAAGUGCAAAGAUGGACGAGUUCCAAAAUGGAACUAACAAAGUAGAAGGGACAAGUUAGUUUGACUUCUUUGUUCAAGUUGCAAAAGAUGCCAAAUUUCUGCCACCUGCAGUUGGAAAUUAGUAAAUUGACUUUUGUACUACUAGGUUCAGAGAAUUAAAAUUCUGGAGGAAGCUUUCAAGCGUUUUCAUGACUUUCUCCUACUAAGAAGGAUAAUUGACAUGAAUCAAGAGCUGGUUUCCAAUGCUGAUGAUUUGGAUUAAGAUAUUUAUGAAUUUUGUCACUGGAACAUUUAAAAAAUGAAGAAUUUUGAGAGUGAAUUUUUUAUUUUAUUCCAAUUAAAUUGAUCUUUACAAAGUUUGAGUAAAUAUACACAAAGAAUCAACCUAAAUUAGAAAUAUUUACGAUAAAAAUAAAAUCCAUGUAAUCAAGCCUAAUUAGGAUUUCAAAGAUUUGAAUCUCCUAAUUAGGAAUAUUUACGAUAAAAAUAAAAUCCAUGUAAUCUAUGUUGGUCAACACUCCUCCUUAAGUUGGUACAUAGAUAUCUCACGAGCCCAACUUGCAAACCAAAGUCACGUGCCCAACUUGCAAACCAAAGUCAUAUGCCAAACUUGCAAACCAAAGUCAUAUGCCCAACUUGCAAAUCAAAGUCACAUGCCCAACUUGCAAACCAAAGUGUGAUAGGUCUUGUUGCUAAGCCCUUUGGUAAAGUUGGUGCAUAAAUAUCUCACAUGUCCAACUUGCAAACUAAAGUGUGAUAGGUCUAGUUGCGAAACCCUUUGGUAAAUAUAUCAGCUAGUUGUUCAUCGGAAGUCACAUAAUCUAACCUCAAGACACCAUUUAUUAACUUCUCUUUAAUAAAGUGUCGAUCAAUCUCUACGUACUUCGUUCGGUCAUGUUGAACCGGAUGGUGAGCUAUAUUGAUGGCAGUUUUGUUGUCACAGUACAAGAGGAGUUUGUCCCUCUUCAAUAGAAAUUCCUCCAGCAAUCUCUGCAGCUAUAGGAAUUCACAGAUACCUUAUGCCAUCGCUCUAUAUUUUGCCUCAGCACCUAAUCGAGCAACAAUACUUUGCUUUUUGCUUCUCCAAGUGACAAGAUUUCCUCCUACAAAUGUACAAUAACCACUACUAUCGUCAAGGAAUCCAGUUCAAUCUGUAUCUAUGAAUGCAUGUAUGUGAAGAUGAAGAUGACCGUGUUUAGAGAAUAAGAGACCUUUUUCAAGAGCAAAAUUCAAGUAUCGCAAAAUGCGAACCAUCAACCUCUGAUAUCUUCCACUAUCCACUGAUUCACCAAUCCCUGCUUGUAGGUUGUGAUUGCUCUCAAUGGAAGUUUCUGCUUAUUUGCAACCUAACAUAUUAGUUUCUUUCAAAAAAUUUAGAAUGUAUUUUCUCUGAGAAAUAAAGAUUCCCUUCUUUGAUCUAUUAACCUCGAUUCCCAAGAAAUACUGCACUUUUCUUAGAUCUUUAAUGUGGAACACUUGAGCCAAAGUUUUUUCAGCCGAAUCAUCUCUUCAGUGUCAUCCCUUUCAUUACUAUGUCAUCAACAUAAAUUAUGAGAAGAGUAAUUUUAUCCUCGUGAUGUCUGAUAAAUAGGGUAUGGUCAAUAUUGCUCCUUUGAUAGUUAAAGGAAAUUAUAGCUUUGCUGAAUCGAUCAAACGAAGCUCUGGGUGACUAUUUCAAUCUAUACAAAGCGUUCUUUAGCCUGUAUACCUUUCCUUGUGUUUUUUCAUCUGCAAAUCCAAGAGGAAUUUUCAUACACUUGCUCCUCCAAAUUUUCGUGGAGGAAUGCAUUUUUCACAUCAAAUUGCUGCAGAUUCUGGUAAAGGUUGACAGCGCAAGAUAGCAAUACUUUGAUUGAGUUCAUUUUAAUAACAGGGGCAAAUGUCUCGUGGUAAUUCACUCCAUAGGUUUGAGUGUAUCCCUUGGCAACUUGUCUAGUCUUGAAUCUUUUAAUUGAUCCAUCCACUUUGUUUUUCGCAGUGAACACUCAUUUGCAACCAACUGGUUUUUUUCCGGGUGGAAGAGAUAUUAACUCCCAGGUCUCAUUUUUAGCCAAAACUUUCGUUUCUUCAUUCAUUGCUCUUUUCCGAUUAGAAUCUUUGAAAGCUUUUUUCCAAUUUUGUAGAAUAGACACAAAGGAAAUAGAUAAGGUAAAGACUCUAUAGGAUGGUGACAAAGAAUCAUAAGGGAUAAAGUUAAAAAUAGAGUGCUUUGUGCAAGACCCAACUCCUUUUCUUUGAGCAAUUGGUUUAUUUAGGUCAAUGAGCUCAAGGUUUAAGGAUGACUCACCAGAUAGAGAAGAGGAAAAUUCAUAAUACUGAGUAGGUUACACAAUGGCUUUGUCCAUUUCAAGAAAAAUCACUAUUUUUCUGUCAAAAAUAGUGGGGAAAAAAAACUGUCAUUGAAAAAAGAAUUAUUGUUCACCAACAAAAAAGGCACGAGUCCAAGCAGAUCAGAGACGCGACUUGAAGACAAGUUUGCCAGAAAGAAUCACAGCCGGAAAAAAUCACCGCCAAAACGUCUCCCACGCCGAAAAAGACCAAGACCAAGUAGUGGCAUGAGAUGGUCGGAAAAGGUUUCAAAAACAGCGCCUGAGUGGACCGGACAGUGUAGCAGCAUCGACAGUGUCUCAAACGCCGGAAAGGGCACGUGAGCCUAGCGCGCGUGGUUUUUCAGCGUCGGAGUUGGACGGCUGGCCGACGGCGGUCCGGUGAUUCUCCAGGUGGUGGCGAUGAGAUGUGAAAAGGUCCCUAAAUAGGGUAGUACCAAAAAGGUAGAUGUAGGGUUUUAGAAACCCUAAAGAGAAAAAAUUAAAUUUAAAUCCUAAAAUCAGGAAAAAGUUUUUAUACAUAAAGAAUUUUGAGAAGAAUUUUUUAUUUUAUUUCAAUUGAAUUGAUCUUUACUAGAUUUGAGUAUUUAUACACAAAGAAUCAAUCUAAAUUAGAAAUAUUUACCAUAAAAAUAAAAUUUCUAUAAUCAAGCCUAGUUAGGAUUUCAAAUAUUUGAAAUCUCCAAAUUAUUGCCUUAUAUGUUUGUCAACAAAAAAAAAAAAAAAAUCUUGUUUGCUUUCUCUCCAACAAGGUGAGAAUGAUAUCAAUGUCAAGAAGCUCUAAGAAAAAUAAAAUUAUGGUUCAAAAAUAUUAGAGUUAUAGUCCAGAUUUUAAGAGUUUCUUAAGGAGAUAUACAGUACCAUGUCCUCUUAUGUCUAUUCAAAUGCAUUUUUUUUUAUCCAGUAAGGCACUAAGGCUUAAGUGAUGCCUAGGGACUAUCAAUUGCGAUUUUUAUAAUCUCACAUCUAGGGACUUCUAAUUGUGAUUUGUGAUGUUUAUAAUCUCCUGAGAUAGAUAAAAGCCCUACAAGUAGAUCCAUUUUUACAAUCAUGUCCUAAAAGUCACUUCUAAAAUUGCUCAUUUUUAAUGCUAUCUGUUAAGUCAUAGGGUAUCUUUCCAUUAGUCAAAGGCAGCCUCUGUUAGUGGGAAAAAUAUUCUUUUGUUCAUAAAUGAAGUUCUAGAACUUCAAAAAAAAUUUUUUUUUCUUUUUACAAAAGUUUUUCUGUAUUUACACAAAAGGACCUUAUGUAAUUCAUCAAAUUUAUUUAAAAAUAUAAGAAAUUCAAACCAUC